AUGGCCCAACAAGCCUACAACAUGAACAACAUGAACAACAUGAACAACAUGCCCCGCAACGCACCCUACGACACCGAUUCUGACAGGGAGGUAGAAGAAGGAAGCCGCCUCUCCUCCAUCAAGCUUACCAUCAACACCCCUCUCGUCGUCAAAGGCGAUGGAAACCUUGUUCAUGUAGACGUCGCCGCCAACGCCUCCAAGGUCGCCAUGGCUGUCGUCAGUGCUUUCCGUCAAAUCAGUUCUUCGGCUGGUGGUGUCCCAAUGAUUGAUCAGGAUGGUCAACCUCGUCCGAUCGACAUCACUGUCUCUGCGGGUGUUCAAGUUUCUGGCGGCAACAACGUGGUUGGAGAGAAGGCUAUCUUGAGCAAGACGGUUGUCGGUGGUGCUAUCGUGAAGAUCGAUCCAGAUCAGGAGGGUGGACCAACGGCUGAUCCCGUGGGCAUCAAGAGAGAAAGAGCUGGUAGCGAGCCAUUGGAGAUGGAUUCAAAGAAGCCUAGACGCAAGUAA